ACUUAAUUAAUGAAAUAGAUGAGAAAUCGAUCUUCAUCUGAAGAAGAAUAUGAUUAAAUAUUUGAUGGUUAGAAAUAAACUCCAUAAUAAGAGAAGAAGGCUAAGAAAUAGAGUUAUACAUUUGAGGAUGGAUAAUAUUUAUUUGAUGUAAUUAAACAUGUUUAAAUAAUUCUAAAAGUUAACAACUUCUAAAAAAGUUUCAGUAUCCAAAUUCAAAGGUAAAGUGAUGCUUAGUUUACGAGAGUAUUUUGAAAAAGAUGGAUAAAUGUUACCAACUAAAAAAGGGAUUACAUUAACAUUAGAUAAUUGGGAGAAAUUCAAAUAAUAUAUCGGGGAGAUUGAUGAAUGCAUAAAUAAAUUAAAU